AUGAAGAGCUCAACCUACAUCGCCAUGGCCUUUGGCCUGGCUACCGCCUCUGCUUACAACCUCGUCACUGAGCCUUGCGAGUGUGAUACCGAGGACGCCUGCUACCAGGCCGUCAAGAACUCUGCCACCGACCUCUGCAGCAUCAUCGAGACCUGCAACAUUCCUAGAGAUUGUGCUGAUCGCCAAGCUGUCGUGGAUGCCUGCAACUGCGAGCUCCCUACCACCACCGCUGCCACAUCUGCUGCCACCUCCGCCGAGACCGUCAGCACCGGUGUCGAGACUGCUACCUCUGCUGCCACUUCUGCUGAGACUGUCAGCACCGGAACUGAGGCCGCCACCGCUGCCACCUCCGCCGCUACCUCCGCUGAGACUGUCAGCACCGGAACUGAGGCUGCUACCGCUGCCACCUCCGCUGCCACCUCCGCUGAGAGUGUCAGCACCGAUGUCGAGACCGAGACUGAGACUGGUGUGACCACCGAGGCUGUCACAGCUGCUACCACCGGCACUGAGGCCGUUGAGACCAACACCACCACUGAGGAGGAGGACUGUGACACCACCACCGAGGAGGUCACCGGCUCUGCUACUGACUCUGCCUCCAUCCCUGUCGUCACUGGCACCGAGACUGCCCCUACCGGCACUGAGACUGUUCCUGUCAACACCGAGACUGAGACCGCUCCUGUUAACACUGAGACUGAGACCGCUCCCGUUAACACUGAGACCGAGACUGCUCCUGUUAACACUGAGACUGAGACCGCUCCCGUUAACACUGAAACUGAGACCGCUCCUGUCAACACCGAGACUGAGACCGCUCCUGUCAACACCGAGACUGAGACUGCUCCUGUUAACACUGAGACCAAGACCGCUGCCACUGGCACCGAAACCGCUCCUGUCAACACUGAGACUGAGACUGCUCCUGUCAACACCAAGACCAGCACUGACUCUGUCCCUACCGGCACUGAGACUGCUCCCGUUAACACCGAGACUGAGACCGCCCCUGUCAACACCAAGACCAAGACUGGUACUGAGACUGCUCCCGUCAACACCAAGACCAAGACCUACCCCGCUGGUGUCUCUACCACUUGCACCGAGACUGAGGGCUCUCACGGCCACAAGACCACUGAGGCUUCCGUCCCUUACACCACCAAGACUGUCUACACCACUGCUGUCCACACCUACACCAAGUGCCCUCCUUACGUCAAGAACUGCCCCAACGGUCCUCACGGUCCUUACACCGUCACCGAGACUGUUGCUGUUUCUACCACUGUCUGCCCUGUGACCGAGGAGCACUCCAAGCCUACUGGUUACUCUCCCGAGAAGUACACCACCAAGACCAUCUACAGCACCGCCGUCUACACUGUCACCAAGUGCCCUCCCUCCGUCAAGGACUGCCCUUACGGCUCCGUCACCACCAAGACCGUCCCCGUCUCUACCACCGUCUGCGCCGUCACCGAGGAGCACCCCUCCAAGCCUACCGGUUACGCUCCCAUCACUGAGGGUCACCCCUCCAAGCCGACCGGCUACGCUCCUCCCAGCCACAGCACUCUCUACACCACCAAGACCGUCUACUCCACCAAGGUUUACACCGUCACCCAGUGUGGUCCUGAGGUCCCUAACUGCCCUUACGGUUCCGUCACCACCGAGACUGUCCCCCACACCACUGUCUACGCCACCGGUACCAAGGAGAUUCCUUCUUACCCUACCGUCGUUGUCCCUGGACACCCUGAGCAGCCUUCCAAGCCUGAGCACCCUGAGACUCCUGAGCACCCCGAGACUCCCGCCAAGCCCGAGCACCCCGCUCAGCCUGAGCAUCCCGAGACUCCCGCUAAGCCUGAGUACCCUGCUCCUCAGCACCCCGAGACUCCUGAGCACCCUGAGACUCCCGCCAAGCCUGAGACUCCCGCCAAGCCUGAGCACCCCGAGACUCCUGCUAAGCCCGUCUACCCUGCUCCUGAGCACCCCUCCAAGCCUGAGCAGCCUGCCCAGCCCGAGAAGCCUUACUCCGCUCCUCCCGCCCAGGAGACCGAGGGUAACUACAAGGCUCCUUCUCCUAGCCAGCCUUCAGCUACCCUCCCCUACCCCAAGCCCACCGGCACUGCCCCCGCUGUCGAGGUCACUGCCGGUGCUUCUCGCUUCGGUGUCGAGAUGGCCGUCGCUGCCGCUGGUAUCUUUGCCGUUCUUCUGUAA